AUGGCUUCCACAGCGUCUCAAAAGAAAACAGAACCCAAAAAAAGAAAAAUUACAGAUGAAGGAAGAUUGUUCAAUGAAAGGUGGACAGAUGACUACUUUUUUGUCGAGGCAAAUAGUAAGGCACUCUGCUUAAUUUGUAGGGAAUUUGUGCCAGUUUUCAAAGACUAUAAUUUGAAAAGGCAUUAUAUGCAAAAACAUGCUGCCAAAUUGGGUGCGUAUCAAGGAAUGUGUCGUAAGGACAAAAUAGCGGAACUGAAAAAAAUUACAACUCAAACGGACUCUAUUGUAAAAGCUAAUUAUGUGGUAGCAAAUUUAAUAGCAAAAAAAUCUAAACCAUUUACUGAUGGUGAGUUUAUUAAGCAAUGUAUGGAAAGCGUGGCAGAUACAAUUUGCCCUGAUAAAAAAGGGGAUAUUUCUAAAAUCAGUUUGUCUCACCAGACUAUAGCCAGGCGAAUUGAAGAAAUUGGAAAAUCUAUCAAAAGAGGUUUGGAGAGUAAAGCUGCUAAUUUUAAAUUUUAUGCUUUGGCAAUGGAUGAAAGCACUGAUGCUACAGAUACAGCUCAACUUGCCAUGUUUAUUAGAGGUAUUAAUGACGAAUAUAAUGUCACUGAAGAAAUGGCUUCUUUAGUGCCAUUAAAAGACACAACUAAAGCAAGAGAUUUAACAUAA